AUGUUUGCAAGAGUGUUAAGAACAAAUCCAAAAUAUAUCCCUUUAACUGUUGGAGCAGCAGCAAUCUUAAUUGGUGCUGCAUAUAACUUUGCUGUCUCGAGAAACAAUUUCAUUUCUAAUUCAUCAGGAAAAGUUCUUGUUGGUGAUGGCAAGUGGGUGGACAUACCUAUUGCAAAGAUAGAGAAUCUUUCUUCCGAUACAAAAAAAUUCACAUUUAAAUUACCUUCUGAAGAUGAUGUUUUAGGGACUGAAUACGCUUCUGCUAUCUUAGCUAAAUUUGUUACUCCAAAGGGUUCCAAUGUUAUAAGACCCUAUACCCCAGUAUCUCCAGUUGAUACAAAAGGUAACUUCGAAUUAGUUAUUAAACAUUACGAAGGUGGUAAAAUGACUGAGCAUUUGUUUGGCUUGAAAGAAAACGAUACUGUUGCUUUCAAAGGACCAAUGUUAAAAUGGAAAUGGAUUCCUAAUGGUUUCAAAGAAGUCACCUUAAUUGGGGGUGGUACUGGUAUCACACCAUUGUUCCAAUUAAUUCGUGCCAUAUGUGAAAACCCAAAUGAUAAAACUGUUGUUAAACUCUUUUACGGUAGUAAGUCACCUUCUGACAUCUUAUUAAAGAAAGAUAUCGACGAAUUCCAAAAACAGUUUCCAAAUCAAUUAAAAGUCACGUAUUUUGUCGACAAGAGUGAAGAUAAAACUGACUACAAGGUUGGUUAUAUUUCUAAAGAUUUUGUCCGUGAAAACUGUUCAAAACCUGCAAAAGAUUCUCACGUCUUCAUUUGUGGUCCACCUGGAUUCAUGGAUGCCUUAUCCGGUCAAAAGAAAUCUCCAACUGAUCAGGGUGAAAUAACUGGUAUAUUUAAAGAAUUAGGAUAUACCAAUGACGACAUCUAUAAGUUUUAA